GAUUUUACAAAAAUACAACUUUCUUUUUCAUAACCGUAUAAAAGCUGCAAACUUUGUUCUUAUAUACUCAUUGUAUGAUUAUAUAGCUUCCUCUAACAACUUGUCAAAAUGGGCAUAAUAUCAUCAUCCACACGGAGUAUUGAACAGGACCGUUCAGAUAUCCAGAGAAUGUUUGCGGCAGCAAAACUGGGGAAUUGGGGAGAAGUGUGGCGAAUUUUAGGGACCCCAGGUAGACCACUGAAACCAUAUCUCAUAAACCUAGUCCCAGAGGACAGAAGAUGGGGUUUACUACAACAGGCUGUUUGGUGGAACAAUCACGCCGCAAUAAGAACUCUACUUCAGUUUCAAGCAUGUGACAAAACAUUAAAGGCAAAGGAUGGCAUUUCCGAGAAAGGACCAACGGGUGGCAAUACAGCACAGCAAAUAGCUGAUUUGUUUGGAUAUUUAGAGGCUUCGAAGAUCAUUCAGAACCACAUCACUCCUGAAAGUGAGGAGGACAUCGAAACAUACUACGAUGGGAAUAGCUCUAUCGAAAAUGAAGAAUAUGGUCUAUUCAGACUUACAUUGGCGGCGUACAAAGGCGCUUUUCAUCCGUCUUAUGUCGACAAAACGAAACAACUUCCAGUUUUAUUGAAUGAUGUUUUUAAGCAUGUCAAUACAGGUAAAAACUGGAUAGCUGUUAGGGAUAAAGUUUCACAGUCACUUUAUCCAGCAUGUAAGGAGGCAAGCAACGUGGUUAGUCAAUGUACCACCAAAUUAGACUUUUACAAGAUGAUUGUUAAUGUAUAUACCGACGAAACAACCCAAUUAUAUACGUACCUCAACACAGCGUUGAGGCGACAACGGGAUACAGGCUUCAAACCUACAGCAAAUGAUCUAGCGCUCGGACCAUAUAUUCUAAUGUUCCAUCUACUUCUGUUUUGCUGGAGAAAUUUGGUCAGAGAAAAAACAAAAACACAUCGCAAAAUGAAGGUUUCUGCGAGAGAUCUAGCAAAGUACCAACCAGGAACAAAGUUUACGUGGUUAUCAUUUGUUUCAUCCUCUGUUCAACAACAAUGUGCUCAGAUUUUUCCGUCGUGUGCACCAAGUGGCGACCUGGAAGUGCAUUUCAUUAUUGACAACUCUGGUGAUUCGCAGUGGCAACCGCUGAACAUUGAGGAUUAUGCCUGCUACACAGAAAAGGAAAGAGUUUACCCAGCAGGAGCACAAUUCUUAGUUAAAGGACGUUCAACUAAAACUGGAGUGCCGACAAUUCAGCUGAAACUCUUAGGAAGCGAAUAGAAUAAAUUAAUCAUUUCGAUUAAACUAGUAUUGAUGCUUAUUAGAUGUUCAGAGAAUAUGAUUAUUAUUUGUCUGAUUUAGUAAAUAAUGGGAUUUAUUAUAACGUCAAUUACUAUCUUGGGUACAAACCUGGAGUCGGUUUCAAAAAAAAACUUACGACUAAGAUUAAUCGUAAGUAUAAUGAAUUGUUCAUGACUAACAAUUAAUUUUAGUCGUAAGUUUUUUUGUGAAACGGACUCCUGUCAUGAUAUGUUUAAGUAUUUAGGUAUAUAAACAUUUCAAAAGGGAUUCGUAGGAAAAAAAAUUAAUAAUGUUUUAUAGAAACUAAGUACAUAAUUCCCCAAGCAAUGCGGACUUCAUUCUAUUUCCUACUCUUCAAAGGGGACAACCAUUUGAUGUUCUGGAGGGACUUUACUCCCUAUCAAACCUUUAUCUCCUAUAAUUGCGAGGAUUAUUUAUUAUCUUUUGAGACAAUGGAGUUUUUGAUGAAGAUUAUUUUUUCAAGCUCGCAUUGAAAAUAUUUAAUUUUUAAUUUUUUGCCAGUUGCAGUGUUUGGUCAUUAUUUUCAACUAUAAACGCAAAUGGUCGUCCCAUUAGAACCCUUUUAAAGACUAUUGAAUUCACAAUUAUUUUACUGGCUCUGCCAAUGCCAAUCAUUGGACAUUUACCUAUAUACACCAAGCAUCUAUGCAUUUUGAUGAACUCUCAAUUCCAAAAUAUAGCAUUAAAACUUUAGAUUUUAAUUUUUAGAAAUUAUUGAGCAUUAAAAUUUUAAGAUUUUAGAUUUUAAUUUUUAUAAAUUAUUGAACAUUAAAAUUUUAGAUUUUAAUUUUUUAGAAAUUAUUGAGCGUAAAACAUUUACAAUUUAAGCUCUUUUUUGGUGGUUACAGGGCUCUCAUUUUUAGAAUGGUUUCAAAUCCCACACUUAAUGCGCAGAAAAUUUGAAAUUAGAUAAAGAUUCCAAAUGCCGGAGCAGAAUUUGACAAAUUAUGUUGUGAAAUCCUCUUUUGUGUUGUGAUUUUAUCAUUAUAAGUGUACAUUGUCUGUCUAUAUAGAAUUGAGGUAACAAAUAACUGUUUAUAUAUGUAUUUUAACCUCGUCCUUUUAAUUUAUCUGUAGAGAUUAUAUGUUUUAUAUAUAUUUAUAUAAGCUUUAUCUUUUGUUUAGAUGUGUAGUGUAAUUUUAUUUUAUUUUUUUGAAAAUAAAAGGUCUGAAAUGUCAGACAGCCAAUUAAAGAAUGUUAUAACCAUCAGUAUGAAAUGUUUUUCUUUAUAUACUGUUAAUAAUUAGAAUUUUACUAUAAAAAAAUUGAAAAGAGGUGCAAUAUAAUUUAAAACAUGUGAACAUUUGAUUCCAAAUUAAAAAAGUAAAUAUGUUUUUAAAUUUGA